CACCGCACGUAAUAAUGAGGCCCGGCAGCGGCGCUGCGGAUCAGAGCGAGUGACGGAGCCGGAGGUGGCUGCCGAGUGUCCGGCCUCUCGCUGCCGCGGACCAUGGCCCCGGCGCGGCCAGGGAGACGCGGUGAGGACGGCAGGGCGGAGAGAGCGGGCGGAGGGCUGCAUCCGCUGGCCGCCGUCUGCCUGCUGUUGUUACCCGGCGCCGCGCUGCCGGGUCAGAUCGAUCCACUCAUUGAAGACGAACAGUUGCUGUGGAUCAGAGGUGCUGUUGGCCACGUUGACACCUUCCGGGUCCCGCUCAUCUCGCUCACCCCCUCUAAUAAACUCAUUGCCGUGGCAGAGGCAAGAAAAUAUUCGUCGCGUGACAUUGGUGCCAAGUUCAUCGCCAUCCGCACGUCCACAGAUAAAGGUACCACCUGGAGUCCUACCACCUUCCUCGACAACGACGGCUCAAAGAUCGAUGGCCUGAACUUGGGGGUGAUACUGGUCGAUGAGGAGAAGGGGCUCAUUUUUAUCAUGUUCACAAUGUGUGCCCACUACUACCAUUGCAAUGUUUCUAGCACACUCCUGAUCGAGAGCCAGGAUGACGGACGGACGUGGAGCCCACCAAGAAACCUGUCACAGAUGAUUGGGACCAAGAUGUUUGCACCAGGCCCUGGAUCUGGAAUCCAGAAAAAGUACAAUCCACAUAAGGGCCGUUUGAUCGCCUGUGGGCAUGGAACAAUUGAGGAAGACGGGAUAUUCUGUGUUCUGAGUGACGACCAUGGCAAGACCUGGAGGAACGGUGGGAGCCUGAAGGGAAUUCCAUACAAUCAGCCGAAGAGAUCCAGAGACUUCAACCCAGAUGAGAACCAGCCCUAUGAACUUCCAGAUGGCUCUGUGGUGAUCAACGCAAGGAAUCAGAAUUUCUACCAUUGUCACUGUCGAAUAAUAGUGAAGAGCUAUGAUGCCUGCGAGACUCUCCCGAUAGAAAAUAUUACCUUCGAUGAGAUCUUGGUAGACCCGGCCGUAGCAGCUGGAGCUUUGGUCAAAAACAAUAUUGUUUUCUUCAGCAAUCCCGCCAGCCCAUCUAAACGUAUAAAUCUGACCCUUAGAUGGAGUUAUGAUCUGGGGAAGUCGUGGGAAAAAGACACAAUGUUGAUUUGGAAUGGCCCAAGUGGCUAUUCCUCCAUGACCAGCUUCAACAACACAAACAACGAGCAGUACAUCUUCCUGGUUUUUGAAAAGGGACAUGUGGACAUAACAGAAUCCAUUUCAUUCGUGAAGAUUCGUCUUGUUUGAGGGAGUCUCCACGUCUCCUCCUGUCAGCUGAGAACCUUGUGGGCAAAGAGUGUGCAAUCUGAACAAGUCUUAAUGAAUACUGGCUCCGAUUACCAGAAAGAAAUUUUCUUUCGACUUUGCACAAGAUGAUAGAAUUUCAUUAUUUAACAGUAAAAUGGGUUUUCCCUGUUUGAUGAUGAUAAGCAAUGCUGUAAAACUCUGAAUUUCCUUUUACUAAUCUCACUAAAUAGCCAGAAUUUAUUCCUCUUUUUAAAAGCUGAGCAAGAGGCCUGGCUAUGUCACUGGAAUUUAGUCAUCAUACAUCAUUCAUGGUGCAUCUCAUUGUUUGAUGAGAGCCUGUUCUUUUAACAUCAUCUUCAGGUCUACAAUGAGAUCAUUAAUAAAUCUGUGCCUUUUUUGAUUUUUUUUUGUAAUUGAAAACUGGGUAGGGAAUCUAAUUAGCUGGGGGACAUUAUUGGUGUGAAUAUCCAUCAGUAUGUCUGAAUGUGUGCAGAAAGAGUUCCAUUCGCCAUCUCAUCUGGUGAGACCGAAUUUGCCCACUUGGUCUCAGUUCCUAGCUGUUGACACUGGGCUCAUGUCAAGAGGUCGGUAUUUUCUGAACACUACUGUCCAGUGGGGAAGAGUUUUGCGAAUGCCAUGGGAAAGCCCAUUAAGAGGUUGAAGCCUUUCAAGAGAAGGCAGAAAAUGCUAAAAGUUGCUACUUUAAAUGACUUUUUAAACACCAGUUGAACUAAGUGUCCUUUCUUAAUUCCUUUUAUUAUCAUCUAUAGAUGUGAGGUAAUGCUCCUCAAGUGAAGUCUGCUGAGCAGACAAAAUAUAGGAAUAAAACCUUAAUAUUAAAAAAUCUCAGGGACUCUGGCUAGUGACUGGGGUGGUGGUACAAAAUAUAUAUGCUGCAUUGGUAAUGAGAAAUAAUCUUUAAAAGCGUAAGCCACAGCACUGUUAGAUGGUCACAGCACAGUUAUAUGGUCACAGCAUGUUCAAGCUGGUGUGCAGUACCAAUUUUUAUUUGUCACAUGUACAUUGAAACACAAUAAUGCGUCAGUCAUGGAUUUUGCUCAAAGCUGUUGGCGAUAUGUUUUUUCUAGAGGCAAACACAUUUGGAGGCCAAAUGAUAAGGCAACAAGCCUCGACUGUAACAUCCUCCUUCUGAAUGACUUGUUGAAGUGGCCAUCAAGGCUGUUCCAUGAGGAAUCCCCACUUUAGUGCCAAAAUCUUACCAAUGGCUAUGCAACCAUUGCCUCGGUAUCAGUACGUUCAAAUGGAGUCUGAUUCUUUUCUUUUUCAGGUGAUGGCAAGACAGGAGUACAAAACAAACCCAGAGAGAAAAUAGAGUAACAUUUGAUGUCAAUAUUUUUAACAUGUCUUGCAAAAAGUUUUAUAUUAUUGUUUCAGAGGAUAAGGUAAAUUUCUCACAAGCAGAGAAAACAUCUUUUUCUCAAUAAUAAGAUUGGGAUAGGGAACAUGUCCCAGCAUAAAAGUUUGAUGUCCUUGUCCAAAAUCUAGGUGCAGAUCUCGUUUGUUCAAUGGUGCAAAUGUAAAUAUGCAAGUUUCAUUGUGUAUUUUACUUAUACAUUCAUACACACUUGCCCAGUUACCUCUGAAUGUUAGUGUUGUAUUGAGACAUGUAAAUACAGAAAUAAAAUGGAGUCUGACUACAGUAA